GACGAAGCCCCCACCAGAGUUAUGGGCACCUGUAAUAGCUCGCCUGAUAUUACCAUUGCUAGUGGUGGUCUGAUAAAUAGCAUAACCUGGCGACCUAUGCUAACUCUCGCAUCACACCAUCUGCCCAUAAUUAUCUCGAUCGAGAAGCCUCCUGAUUUCGUUUCUGUAUACAACCGUACCUUCAUUAACUUUAAAAAAGUUAAUUGGGUCGGCUUCAGAGAAUUUACCGAGAGCAUCUUCAACGCUCUACCCAUUCCUACGGACGUAUGCAUUGGCGAGCGUCAAUUCCGCAAGGUGAUCGCAGCAGCUACCGCUCGCUUCAUCCCGGCUGGAAGAAUAGCGGAAAUCCGCCUCAAUUUCCCAGCCGAGGCAGCUGUUCUAUCUAACAAGCGCGACACCUUACGCCAUGCCGAUCCCUGGGAUCCCCGUAUAAGGGAUCUUAAUUUGGAGAUUCGGCGUAUGGUAAAUCAACAUAAGCGGACGAAAUGGAUAGAGCACCUGAAGUUCUGCAACCUCUCCACCGGUGUGAAUAAGCUUUGGGCUACUGUCAAAGCUUUGUCUAAUCCGAAGAGACAUGACGACCGAGUUGAAGUUCAAUUCAAUGGUCAUGCCGCUUCGGACCCGAAGAAUUGCGCGAGCUAUUUUAGCCGGCAGUUUACACUGCACCCUUCGGUAGACAAGGCCAAGAGAUGUAUUAACCAACGGCUGCGCAAAAUGUCAAACAACUGCGCGCCACUUACUUUCACCGAUGAGGAGGUUCAGGGUGUCAUCAGCAAGGCAAAAUCUUCCAGAUCCAUUGGCCCUGAUUGGGGGGGGG